AUUAAUGUCCAUAUGCUUGUCAUUUCAAUUACUAUGAUGUUUUGUUUUCAGGGUGAACUUUUUGACAACUCACUGAGGCUCGGUGAUGCUUGGAUGCUGAGACUCCUUCCGCUUUAUCUUCAAAGAGUCGCUGGUGGCUACCUUGUUGAUUGGGAACAUCAAUUCUCUCCACUGUUUCAUCAGAGAGUUUGUGACUUCUGUGUUUACAAUGCCUCUUAUAAUGGUGGCGAAUGAGGAACGCAAGAUCAAAGUCCUUCUGGCGGCAUCCACUACUCAGCAGCUUAAUGAUAAGGCUGUUAAGAAGCUUAAGUUGUCUCAAGACAUGCAAUACAAGGUGUGUGUGGACAGUUCGGGUGCUGCAGCGGGAAGUGAAAUAGAUGAAGAUGACUUACUCCUUGAACUGAGCAGUUUUUACUCAAAAUCGAAUGCACAUCUUGAGGUUGUCAUGCUGCCAUCACAUAAGGAUUGGUCACCUCCAGAAUCUGUUGAGGGAUUGUCACGUCGCAGUAACAGUGACUCAAGUUGUAACUCUAACUCUGACUCAGACUCAAGCGGUGAUGGGCCCUGUGCUGAUAUUUUAGAAGUGAGUCUAGUCGUGCCGCCAUCACCCUGUGUUACUAAGCCAUCAUCACAUCCUUCAAUACCAAUCACUCCGUUCAACGAGAUUUUUGAACCGGUUUUGGAGGCAAUGCGAAGACAGCCUCCUCCAUGUGAUCUGGUCCGACGCAGAAAGGCAGCUCUGAUGGCAGCACAGAAAGAAGUCGCCUCGCACAUCCUGAAGAAAGUCAAGGAUUUCCGAAAGGAAGUGUGUGAGAGGUAUGCCACUGCAGUGUUUUCCUCUCAAAAUGGUAAAUUUAAACCUGUUUUUGAGAAACGGGUGAAUGAUCACUUUUGUAGUGAUGGCCUUGCUGACUUUAUCUGUCACAUCUACAAUGCUGUUAACUACAGUAAGGGGUCUGAGAACACAUCAAGACGUGGUCAACGAAGAAAAGUGGCAGCUCUUCAAGAAGAAGUUGAUAACCCCGAUGAAAUGGAACCUCAGGCUAAGGCACGUUCAAUUGAUGACUGCUCUUAUGGUUGUGAAAACUUUAAUCCCCCGCUACCAUCUGAUGAGACUUUAGAAACGCAAGAACAGAAGAGAGAGCACCUAGCCCAAUCUAAGGACUUGUCAUCAGCCUAUGCUGUUUCGUUAUUUCAAAAGACAUACUCUUCCCAAAGGUCUGAAAUUGUUGGCUGCAAGACAUUACCAAAGCUUACUGAUGUAUUUGUGAGAUGGCCCUGCCUGAAGUCUGCAAACCUACUUAUUCAUCAUGCCAGUAUUUUGUUCAACAAAGAUGUGAAGAACUUAUGGGCGAUGCAGCUGGACAAGAUGACCCCUGAUCUGACAGGCUUCUUCAAAAGUUACUGCCGUAAAAGUCCUCGUAGCACAGCCACAGCUGAGCUGCUGAAAGUGUUUUCAGAAGCCCAAGGUGCUGUGGAGACAAUGGAAAGCCAGAUUCCUAACACUUUCAGUGUUUUUUUCAUGAUAAUCGCUUAUAUGCGUGAGAAGCAUGAUUUCUUUUUCCAGGUUGCAAAGGACUGUGACUCUGACUCUGAACUUCUGGAGCAUGCUGCGUGUUCAAAUGGCAACCCAAUCCUAUUGGUCCAAGGAUUCUCAGUAUUUGAUCCCAUGGCCAAAUGCUUUGUAGUAGUUCUAAAGAACCAUGUCAUCGAAGUGAGAGAUCAACUAGAGGGCAUUCUAGUAAUGUUUAUCUCUUUUUUUAUAUUUGGGUUCAAGUACACAGAAGAAGUCCAAAAUACUUUAGAAUUUAUCCAAAGAUUUUUCUUCCUAAUCAAUCCUCCUUCUGGGGAUAAGCGAGUGGUGGCAAGAAGAAAAGGCCAUUUGGCUGGGAAGGUGUACAAACUUUCGGAAGAAAUCCGUGCAUACUCAUCACCUUGGUCGAUCCCUUCAGUCUAA